UUAAUACGUCAUUGUUCAGACUCACUGUGCUUUAUUCGCUUAACUUCGCUUAUUUCUUUGCUAUUUACCUGACUUCGCUAUUUACCUGAAUUUUAUCGUAAUGAAUUAUAUACAAACUAUUAAUAUCGUCUGCUUUUAUUUUUGAUUUGUAUUAAAGAGUGCUUAUUAGCAAAUUUUAUGGAUUUUUGUUUUUGGAUUUAUUUUAAAAAGAAGAAGAAAUUAAACUUCAGAUGUUUUUUUCAUACUUGAAAGAAAUUCUUUUGUUGAAGCACGCACGUACUCCGUUAUAUUUGUUGUCUUCUUGCUAAUUUGUUACUUAUUUUUAUAAACAGGCCCUAGUGACAAUUUUUUUCCGGGGUGUCCCACCCACUAGCUAAUGCAUUGCCGCUGGUAAUUCCAUACAUAAACCUUCUAAUAUACGUUUGGUUACUACAUUCUACAUAAACGUACAAAUUACCUAUUUCUGAAAAACCUAACAAUAGACUUUUAGGUAUACACAUUAAACAGUUGAGUCACGACGUGACAAAAGUUAUCUAGCAUUUUCUGUCAUUAGAAGAAGUGACAGUGGUUCAGCUCUUGUGGAUAUUAUGAAAUAUUUUUUUGUUAAGUAUUGGAUUCUUAAAAGGAAUCAAAAUUUGAAACAUGGAUCUAAGAAAAAAUUCUUUUUCGACUUUGCGUAAAACAAAAAUGAUUUGCAUAUUCAUGACAGCUAUAGCGGGUUUAACACUCUUUCUAACAAAUGCUGAAGACGUUUUCCGCACUAAUACCGACAAAGAAUAUAAAAACCUGACAAUGUUAAGUAUUGCGACACAAUAUAGACUUUAUUUAAAUGGCAGCAAAGUUUUAGAAAACACCACCAACAAAGAAAAUAAAGCACUUGAAAAAGUAGUUUUAGACUUUGUUGAAAAAAAUAGUUCAAUAGUUUAUACAACAGUUUUUCUAAUUUCUUCGCGAGUGAAUCAUACAGAAAGAAGAAAUUUAAUUCGCGAAUCGUGGGGAAAUUCUUCGUAUUGGAACACAACUGAAACAUAUUUAAUUGUAUUUGUUGUAGGCAUAGUGACAGAAAAUAGAAUUAUGAAUAAAACGUUAGCUGAAGCAAAAGUAACAAAAGAUAUUCUUUAUUUAAAUGUUACAGAAGAUUUCUACUUGCUCGCUGAAAAAGUUAUAAUUGGAUUAACAUGGGCAAAGAAAAACCUUAAAUUUAAAGCUGUCUUGAAAGGCGAUGAUGAUGCUUUUAUGAAUAUAGAUAACAUUCUAGAGUUUAUAAAUCGUAACAACGUGAUAAACGGGUACUUUGGAAACAAAUUAACUAAUUUACAAGUUUUACGAACUGGUCGGUACAUGGUAACUAAAGAAGAAUGGAACCCAGACUUCUUCUAUCCGUACUGUUCUGGCGGCGGUUUUUUGCUGACUAACUCUAGUGUUUAUAAAAUGAUAGAAAUAUUUGAUUUACAAAAAAAAUUUCGAAUAGAUGAUGCAUAUAUUGGUGAGGUUGCAUUUCAAGCGGGAAUAACAGUAGAUGGUGUUAAUGGGUUUUAUAUGUUCAACUACGGGUGCGAGUAUAGAAAUGAUAUUUUGGUUUCGCACCCUUCAACAGAUGUUGGAUGUAACACCUUUCUUCUAAAGAGGCAUUUAAUUGACAAAAGAAAAAUUCCGAGGGAUUUAAAACUUGAAAGCACUAGGUGUUACAGAGAUGUUUUAGAUUGUUAGUAUUUGUUACCUUUACAUAUUUAAUUUAGUUUAAUUAUUGUUAAAAAGUACACUCUAUUUCAAGAAAAGACGCAAAUUUUUUUUAAA